AUGGUGGUCCGGUGGAUAGAACUGUGGCCUCCUAGCAAGAACACGCCUGCACCCAUUGACCCCAACUCAGUCACCAGAGACCUAAACAAUUUUUAUGCCAGGUUUGACAACAGGAACUUCAACACUGAGUGUGAAAGAUUGCUCAGGAGCCUACCCACCCCUGAGCAGCCACGCUUUAUCUUCCCCACAGUGGAAGAUGUCUACCAGCAGCUCAGGAGGUGCAAAACUGGCAAGGCCCCUGGCCCUGAUGGGAUCACUGGAAGGCUGCUCAAGAACUGUGCCCUGGAACUCUCUCCUGUACUGCACUCACUUUUCAAAGAAUCACUACAAACUGCAACUUUCCCCACUCUCUGGAAAACAGCCACCAUCAUCCCUGUCCCCAAGAAAUCCCGCCCCUCUGAACUGAAUCAAUACAGACCAGUAGCACUCACCUCAAUAAUCGCCAAAUGUCUUGAGAAACUGGUACUGAACACCAUCCUCCCGGCUGUCUGCCCACAGCUGGACCCCUACCAGUCUGCCUACAAGGCCAAAAGAGGAACAGAGGACACUGUAGCAUGCCUCCUUCACACUCUACUACAACAUCUGGACUCCUCUGGCCAUUAUGCCAGGAUCCUAUUUGUAGACUUCAGCUCUGCCUUCAACACAAUUCAAUGUCACACAAUGAUUACUAAACUCCACCACCUCCAUGUGCCAACUCUCCUCAUUCGCUGUAUCCAUAAUUACCUCAGUGACAGACCACAGGCAGUGAAGGAAUCAGUUACAGCAUAUCACCAGUCCAUUGCACACUUCACACAGUGGUGUAAGGACAGUAAGGACAGUCACCUCCUCCUCAAUGUCACCAAGACAAAGGAACUCAUCCUGGACACACCCUCCACCCCUCACUGCCUCAUCUCCAUAAACAGCCAGCCAGUAGAAAUUGUUGACAGCUUCAGAUACUCGUCGAAGCGGAGGCAUAAAGCAUAUUGGGUAGAUUACCAACUUCCUUUUUUCUGUGGCCGCCAUAGCGAGUGGAGCGUGGUUCCCGGCGAGCCGAAAAGAAAUUACCGAAAAUGGCCUGUGCACGACCCCCUGAUUUCGGUGUAUUCCGAGAAAGGAGAAUCCGCAGGCAAGAAUGUUGUCAUGCCUGCUGUGUUCAAGGCUCCAAUUCGCCCUGAUGUUGUGAAUUUCGUUCACACCAACAUGCGCAAGAACAGUCGCCAGCCCUAUGCAGUCAGUGAACUGGCAGGCCACCAGACCAGUGCAGAGUCCUGGGGUACAGGAAGAGCUGUGGCCCGUAUCCCUCGUGUGAGAGGUGGUGGUACUCAUCGCUCUGGCCAGGGUGCUUUUGGAAAUAUGUGUCGUGGAGGACGCAUGUUUGCCCCCACCAAAACCUGGCGCCGCUGGCACCGCAGGAUCAACACAACCCAGAAGCGUUAUGCCAUCUGUUCUGCUGUUGCUGCCUCUGCCAUUCCUGCACUUGUGAUGUCCAAAGGACACCGCAUUGAGGAAAUCCCAGAGGUCCCACUAGUGGUUGAAGACAAAGUUGAGGGCUAUAAGAAGACCAAGGAGGCAGUGCUCCUGCUGAAGAAGCUUAAAGCCUGGAAUGACAUCAAGAAGGUCUAUGCCUCUCAGCGCAUGCGUGCCGGUAAGGGUAAAAUGAGGAAUCGUAGACGGAUCCAACGCAGAGGACCAUGCAUCAUCUACAACCAAGACGCUGGUGUCACCAAAGCUUUCAGAAAUAUCCCAGGCAUCACUCUGCAGAACGUGAACAAACUGAACCUCCUGAGGCUCGCCCCUGGUGGUCACGUUGGACGCUUCUGCAUCUGGACUGAGAGCGCUUUCCGCAAGCUGGAUGAUCUGUAUGGCACCUGGCGUAAACCUGCUUCCCUGAAGGUCGACUACAACCUGCCCAUGCAUAAGAUGACCAACACAGACCUGAGCAGGAUUCUGAAGAGUGAGGAGAUCCAGAAAGCACUUCGUACACCCAACAAGAAGAUCAACCGCAGAGUGCUGAAGAAGAAUCCUCUGAAGAACUUGAGGAUAAUGCUCAAACUGAACCCUUACGCCAAGACCGCAAGACGUCAUGCCAUCCUCAAGCAUGACCCAACUAUCAAGGCUAAGAUGCUGAAACCCAAGAAGAAGACUGGAAAGAAGGGCGCACCUGCCAAACCCAAGGCAUAAAUCUAUACUUACAGACUGGCGUUCAGUGAUAAAUAAAUCAGUUGUUUCAAAUUUUUCA